AGGCGCCGAGCGAGAUUUCUAAACAUCUAGUGUCAUUAGCGUGCUGUGUGCAGGCGAAGACCUUGCCAACCCCGAAAGCUCGGGUGCUUUGGAAGGGAAAAGAUUGUUUACUUUGAGACGACGCAAUGGAUAUAGUUGCAGACGUUAUUAUUAUAUCAUUACCACUCACGAAUUUUGCAAAUAAGAAACAAGAAGCAGGAUACUAAACCUUUGCCUAUUUAGCCGAGUAAUUGUUUUUUGUUGUUGUUGUUGUUUUUUCUUGUUUUUUUUUUUGGUUUUUUUUUUACUGACAGAACCGCUUGGAUCAAACUGGUGAUGACGGAAAACGAGAUGAACAGCGAGCUACAGCGCUCACCGGGCACUUCGUCAGUAACGGCCGCAUCAAAGUUGUUGCGCCUGAAGCGUUCUUUUGCUUUCAUGCGCAGUAAGAGUGUGGAGAACUUUUUCCAGCGUUCCUAUAGUGAUGCUCGUUUGCCUUCUGACUUCAUCUCCGACCCGCCGCCUCCAUCUCCGCCCAUGUUGCCAGGCUCACCGUUGCCUAGUGACAACUCUGCUAUCCUGUCCCCUUCCGUCAGCCCCAAACCCUCUUUAAGCCCCUCCCCUGUGGUUCAGCAGCCACGCCCCAUGCAGACACACUGUUUCCUGGAGCACGUGUUUCGUCGGCCAUCCAGCUGUCAGCUUUGCAAACACGUAAUUGUGGUAAUGGGGACUGGCCUAACUCUGCUUCUGAUUGGAUGUUUAUGCUGUUGUAAUUCAGGAAAUUCUAAACAGGGGCUACGAUGUAAAACAUGUAAAAUAGCAGCUCAUCUAUGGUGCACAUCAGAACUCUCCCAGCAAACAUGCUAUGGCAAGACUGGCAUGUUUAAACGUAACUACAGUUCUCCUCUGCUCGUCAUUGACCAGCUGGGCCCGGUCAGGGAGAGUCAACCUGCACAAGAGGCAAAGACACGAAUAGAUCCUGUGUAUGCAACACUACGCUAUGGAACUUCUCUGGCCCAGAUGAGUCGGUCUAGUUUUGGGAGCAUGAGUGAAUCUCCAACACAUAGCUUGGGGGGUGAGAAAGAGGAUGGGGAGAUGGAAGCGGAGAACAAGCCAGAUGAAGACCCAGAGAUAGCUGAUCUCCCUCCUUCAGAAGACACGAAGACAGACACAGAGGAGACAGUAAAGAUUCCAAAACUUCACACCAUCCACACUUAUGUUGCUCUAUACAGAUUCCUGCCCCAAGAGUCCAAUGACCUACAACUACAUCCUGGUGACAGGGUGCAGGUCACUGAUGACUCUAAUGAAGAGUGGUGGAAGGGGAAGAGUGGGAACAAGGUAGGCUUUUUCCCUGCUAAUUUUGUGCAGAGAGUGCGUCCAGGUGAGAGUGUGUGGAGGGUGACGCAGGGUGCCCAAGGAAACCGCCAGCUGGGUCACAUGGCUGUUAAGGAAGAUCAGAUCUGUGUGGGGAAGAAAGACAACAGCGAGGGGUUUUUGAAGCUGCAUAGUGGGAAGAAGCGUGGAUUGGUCCCUGCUCACUCUUUAGAGGAAAUCUGAGCAUCUGGAGGGGCUUUGAUGUCACACGUCAGACUCAGUCCCGUGCCGACAACCUCAACAUCGAAGAUCUGAUCCAGUAGUGACCUGCUGCAUCUCCACCAUGGUCUGAGCCACCAAUGAUAUCAACUCUCCAUAGAAAUGAGGCUCUCAUUUCUAAGCCCCUCCCACAAGAAGAAUGUAAACACAUUGUCGUUAUUACUAUCAUUAACAUUUAUUAUCAGACCCUGGCGACAUCUGUCUUUUGGACACAAAUCCAGAGCCCAGCUCUGUCUCAGGGGUAAACAUGCUGCACUCUGAUAGGCCCGUGAACCCACCACAGUUAUCUGCUCAAUGAAGAUGGAUGUUAUGCAAGGUGGACAGCUGACAGACACCCACAAGUGCUCUUCUACAAGUGCUUCUGACUACACCAUUUGCAAAAGCAUCUGUGUGCAUGUGAAUCCCCUGUGUUCUCUCUUUACCAUGCGUAUAUUCUGCUUUGUCUUUCAAUUUAUCCCAUGCAGUGGUAUAAGUGUUCUCUUGAGUACAGCUACAGCCUAAAUUAGUCUCUCUCAGAUUUACUUAUCUAUUUCUGAACGACCUCAUUUUAAUGUUCCUUACAUUCAAGGACACAGUGUGUGUACUUGUAUGUGUGUGUGUGAGUGUGUGUGUGUGUGUGUGUGUGUGUGUGUGUGUGUGUUUGUUUAAUCGGGGCACAAAAGGAGGUCAGAUUUCACAGAUGAUAAAUCUAUGGCUAAGGAAGAAUGGACAGUAGUCUAACUUUAGAGCUACUGGAAAAUGUAGUUCUCUUAAUAAGACUACAGAACUUGUAACCAGUCCACCAGGCGAGUGUCGGCCUGCUUGAGAACAUUUGCAUCGACUUGGCAGUGUGCUUUAGUCAGUGGGUGAGUAUGCUAUACUAUACUCUAGAAAAAAAGUGAAGAGACAGCUGUUCACCAGAUCAGGACAAGCUAGUGUUUCUACCUUUUAAACAAACCGAAACGUAGUGAGCCAAACCUAUGAGCCAACUCCUAUUCCAUUAGAUUGAUGUGUCUUCCAUCUGUACUUUAUAUUUGAAUUUGCCUGUGACUUUCUUUGGCCUAAAAUUGCCAAUGGGCAAGGGAAGUGACAAACUGACCAAUAUUGUAUUGUAUUGCUUCAACCACCCCAAAAUUUGGGAGAACAUGUCAAAAAAUGGACAAAUAUACGUCAAAACUGGACACCCUGACGUACAGCUAAAAACCAGACUGUCCAGUCAGAUGGGUGGCCACUCUAUGUAUGAUGGGUACUAAGAGUGGAUAAGAACGGUAUCAACAGCAGGGCCUGAAACCCAUGUGCUUAAUCGUAAUGGCAGUGUAUUACACUUUAAAGAGGAUAAAGUAUCAGUAUUACUGAAAACUAAAAAGUGACAGCAGAGGAAAGAGUUAAAGCCUGAAAUCACAUACGUUUCGGCUGCAAACUCAGCUUUUGGAGUUUGUACCCUAAAGUAAUGUCCAUUAGAGCAUGUAUAGAUUAAAUCAGUAUCCUGGACAACAUAGACAUACACCUGAGACUCAUAAUCGUUUAUAGAAACUUUUACAGACUUUUUUUUUUUCAGUGGCAGUGUGUUUACAUCUUCAUGAAGUGUACUAAGUCCAACUUAGACAAGUUUAUGUUCUCAUCUUUCAUGGUGCGUGCGCACUAAGCCCUUAAGCCCUCCUGCACGGUAGAGACUGAAUGAACUUCUGCAGAUCACAUGACUGGAAUCAUUUUUCCCCAGCUUCCUCAGUUCACACUUUGACUUUAAACUAAUCAGAAUUUAUAUCCGGUUUUCUCACUUGAGUACACUGGCUCUCGCAGCAGCAAUGUAUGCAGGUAUAUCUUAAAAUGUGCAGAAUUCUACAAGCCGUACUACACAUGACAGCAGGACAUAUUUCUAGUAUUUUAAUCUGCUUAAAGCUACAAAUCCAACUGUCAAAUAAAUCUGUUGUUUUGUGAUGGGAGCACUGCAGUGAGCAGUACUCCUGUGCAUGGAUGGUUUUUGGAAUGAAAUCUGCAUUCAUAUUUAAUUUUCUUCUGUCUUAGUGGCGCUCAAAGGCACUGUGUCCUGGCUGCUCGGGGAGGGUGUGUGCGUUACAGUCCCUCUCCUCACCGCUGUGUGUGUGUGUGUG